CCAGUUUCCCAAACACUCGACAGAGCUCUUGUUAACGAAGAUAAGGUUACGAACGGGGAAGAAGUUAGUGAAGUAUGGAUUCUUCUAAGUUUGACGAUCUUUUGAUGGGAAUCCUCCAGCACUGUGAACAAGUUGAACCCUUUUUAGAUGCAAUCUUCAGCUUUUUAGCCCGCAGGACCGACUUCUUUCUGUUGAUGCACAAUCGAGAUGACAAAAUGGGAUUCGCUCCAGGUGUAGCAGAAAAGAUGGUUUUAAAGAUCUUCAAGACUUAUCAACAAAUUGUCACUGGAAAUCAAACAAGAACUAAAAAACAAGCACAUGGAAAGAUUUCAGAAAAAGGGAAGCAAAAAUGUGUAGAUGUUGAGAGGGCAACUGAUAAAACCACAGCUGCCAGUGAAAAGACGAUUCCAUCUGUUCCCAUGGCCUCAUCUGAUGCAGAUAUACCUCCAGCAAUCACUUCAAGUGAAGUAGAAACAUCACCCACAAGUGACAAGGGCCAUGCCCAACUUCCUGCAAGUACAACUGAAAAGACACCAAGUGCUGCUUCAACAUCCAGUCCCAAGUUUACAAGCCCCUCUCAAGGAAGUGGAGAUGUAACAAGCAAUGAGAGCAAGGGUCUGGUUCCUGGCAAAACUGCUGAUUGUUACAAUGGAGCAGUUCUUGAGAAGUAUUCAUGGUCACAAACUAUAACUGAUAUUGAAAUAAAAAUCCCAGUGCCAUCCUCAGUAACAAAAGGUCGUGAUGUUGGUGUAGAAAUAAAGAGUUCCCACUUGAAAGUUUGGUUAAAGAAUGGAAUCCCACCUGAUUCAGACAGCAGUAUUCUUGUUGAUGGGAAACUUCAGUGGUCGAUAAAAUGCGAAGAUUCCAUGUGGUUGUUGGAGGCUGGAAAACAGAUCAUUGUUAACCUGGACAAAGUAGAGGAGAGAUUUUGGACAACUGUUUUGGAAGGAGAUACUGAAAUUGACAAGACCAAGGUUGACACAACUCGAGACAUAAGUGAAUUUGAUGAACAAACUCAGAGUGAUUUUCAGCAUGUCAUGUAUGACCAUCAUCAGAAACUGCAAGGGAAGCCAACUAGUCAGGAAAUGAAAACCCACGAUCUACUCAAGAAAGCUUGGAAUGCUAAAGGAUCGCCGUUUGCAGGAACUGACUUUGAUCCAUCGAAAGUGAACAUAUCGCCAAGUUAUGGGUGAAUAAAACUCUUGUAAUACACCGAAAGGAGACAGAGAACAUGCUCUAAAAGGCACCUUAAGUGUUUCGAAUUUGCGAGAUUUAACACAAGCUGCGACCAUCGUAAUCAGUGUGCAUGAUGAAAAAAAUUGAGGCGAAAGAGUAACCCGUGUUCUGCGGUAUUGUAGCAAUCUGUGAUAUUUCUAUCAUUGUGUCCCAGAGAGUUCAACUGAAUGCUACAUUCUAAUCAAGCAAAAUAGGGCGAAAGCCGUAACCUGUGAGCCAUGGAGUAAAAAAUAAAUGUACAUUAACUAAUCCUAAAAAGCUUUUACAUUGUGUAAUACGGUCCUCCUUCUAAGAGGAACUCAAACUGCCUUAUUAUUAUUAUCAUUAUUUAUUUUUUAUUUUUUUAACCUGAAGUUGACUGUGAACAUUGCAUGUUUUACGAAAAGCAACAGCCUAACUGCAAUUAAUGAGUUCUCAAACAUCGACUGCAGAAGUGAAU